AGUUUUUUUUCUCAAGUAAUAUUUGCCGGUUCAUCUAUGCAACUGAUGCAGCGAGGGGCGGUGCUCUGCGCUGCCGCCGGCCAUAGCCACGUGCACGGCAGCUGCCGCUCGAGCCCUUAUAAGGUGGUCUUGAUCUCCCCAGGAGACAAGAAUCGACCCAUUGCUUGCGUUUACUCAUCGGAGACUGGCAAGUGGGGCAAUCUCAUCCCAGCAGUGGUUGAAUAUGAGGUUUAUCUUGCUUUUAAACCUGGGGUCCUUGUUGGUAAUGUCCUUUACUGGUUGUCUGAGGAUUUGAGCGACAUGGAUUUGCUUUUUUUGGAAAAGUUCACAGACGACAUAGUUGAGUUUGAUUUGGAUAGGCAGAGCCUAGCUGUGAUCAAGGGGCCUCCUUGUCUGAAUGAUUCCUGCAGGCAUCAGAUUAUCCAGGCAGAGGAUGGCGAUGUUGGUCUCGCCAUGUUGUCUUACCCUAAAUUUGAAUUGUGGCAGAGGAAGGUCAAUUGUCAUGGUGAUACUACAUGGUUGUUGUGGAAGACUGUUCAAAUGGACACCAUUCUCGGGAUCCCUCCCCUGAUUGAAGGAGCAAUGAGAAAGAGAGAUAUACUGGGGUACGAUGAGGAUAAUGGUGCAGUUUUUUUAUACGUUGACGGCAAUGUUUAUGUGGUUCAACUUAAGUCAAUGCAAUCCAGGAAAAUUCAUGAAACCAAUUAUACCACUGAAUAUCAUCCUUUCACGAGUUUCUACGCACCAGGCAUAGCCAUUGCUGAUGGAUGUGAUGGAGCUGAAAUGUUAGAUGAUCGUCUGGUUUGAUGUGCUAAUGCGCUGAAAUAGUUCAACAGGUGAAGGAAAGGGUGCUGCAGAAUCGUCAUUGAGCUUGUCGCCGCACAUCAAUGUUGUCUGCAGUGUUUGUAUGUUAUCUGAGAAACUUUGGUGUCAGGAAACCUCACUGAGAAAACAGGUGCUUAUCUAUGUUAAGAAAGCGCCAAUGGAGAAAAACAACUAGUAGCUCGCAGAUAUCAAAGUUUAAUUUGUCUUGAAGCAUAAACAAACUCGUAAUGUCUGAACAGUGCCAUGUUUCGUCAGUUGGGCUGCAGAGACAAAACUUAUAAUUUGCCGUAUUUUGCUGUUCCUCAGGCAGCUACAAUCUAUGGUUUCAUUUGGGUCUUGUAAA